GCUUAAUACCACGAGUCUGCAAUAGUGCAAACUCGUUUUACCACAAUUGUUAGUUCUCCUAUGCUCAUAAACGAGUGGUGAAUGGGAACUGUGUUCCACCAAAAAGAAGAUUAAACAAAAAGAAAUGAAACCUCUAUCUGAAAACCGGAAAGGUCCAAAAGUUCCAAAGGAAAGGUCCAAAAGUUGUCAGCUCCAGGUACCGCCAUCCAUUCACCACUCACAUGUGUUGACAGGUUUGUCUGGUACAUAGUACUGGUUGUUUAUCAAUUUUGGAAUUUAAGAGCCAGUGAAGACUUCAAUGGCCAUGGCACUUUUCCUACGAAGGUCGACAUCAUGUAGUCGUUUGGGAGAGAUAUUUCUAUGUCCUAGACUUUCCAGGGGUUGGUUGAAAAAAAAUGUAACACAACCCAAGAGAAAGACUAGUAGUUCACACACAGGAAACCUGACAAGAUCUUCAUACUAUUCCACCAUUGGUGCCUUAGUGGGGACUUUGACUGGAGUUGGACUUAUUCUCAAUAAACAGAAGAUUUCUCAAGCUAAAGAAGCAACAAAGUCCAGAGAUAAAUCAUCACAAGAAAAAGAUCCUGUUUAUUCUGUGGAAGAGGUAUCCCAACACAAUAACCAUGAAAAAGGAAUCUGGGUGACCUAUAAAGGGAAUGUGUAUGAUAUUACAGACUUUGUGGCUAACCACCCUGGUGGACCUCAAAAGAUCAUCUUAGCAGCCGGUGGAGCUCUAGAACCAUUCUGGGCACUUUAUGCUGUGCACGAUAAUGAACAUGUGUUGGAGCUUUUGGCGGAAUAUCGUAUUGGUUCUCUGUCCAAAGAUCAAAGCUCUAUUGAAGCUUCAGAUAUCAAAGAUCCAUAUGUAAAUGAUCCACCCCGCCAUCCAGCCUUAAAGGUCAACACUAAAAAACCUUUCAAUGCCGAGCCACCCAUGCAGCUCUUGUCAGACAGUCUUAUUACUCCAAACGAGAUAUUUUUCAUUCGCAAUCAUCUUCCGGUUCCAGACAUUGAUGAAAGCAAGUAUGAGCUAGAGAUUACUGGUGAAGGAAUCAAGCCUGUGACACUCUCUCUUGAGGACCUGAAGACCAAGUUUCCAAAGCGAAGCGUAACUGCAACAAUGCAGUGCGCGGGGAACAGACGAAGCGAAAUGAAUCGGAUUAAACUUGUGAAAGGUCUUAAGUGGGGAGCAGCAGCUAUAAGCACGGCUGAGUGGAAAGGAGUUUUCUUGAAAGAUGUACUGAGGUAUGCAGGAGUCGAUGAAGUGUCUGUGCAGCAAAAUGGGGUGCAACACAUUCAAUUUGAGGGAGCUGAUCAUGACAUAACUGGUUCUACUUAUGGAGCCUCUAUACCCGUGGAAAGUGCUCUUUCUUCAGAAAGAGAUGUUCUAGUGGCUUAUGAAAUGAACGGGGUUCCCAUUCCCAGGGAUCACGGCUUCCCCGUACGACUUGUUGCACCGGGGGUUGUGGGUGCCCGUAACGUGAAAUGGUUGAAGAAGAUUGUAUCGAGUAAAGUAGAAAGCUCAAGUCAUUGGCAACAGAAUGACUACAAGGGAUUUUCCCCGUCAGUAGACUGGGAUACAGUCGACUUUACGUCUGCACCCGCCAUUCAGGAGCUACCUGUGACCUCAGCCAUCUGUGAACCAGCAGAAGGAGCCGUCAUCGCAGCAGAUGACGGGGAAAUCUCGCUCAAAGGGUAUGCUUGGAGUGGAGGCGGUAAAGGCGUUGUCCGGGUAGACGUGUCACUAGAUGGCGGCAAAACGUGGCAUGUUGCUAACUUAGAGGGUGAGGACAAACUUCGUCAAGCGUGGGCCUGGAAACUAUGGAAUGCCACUCUGCCCCUGCCAGAAGGGAAGGACGCCCUGCAGAUUUGUGUCAAAGCUGUAGACUCGUCCUACAACUCGCAACCCGACAGUGUUGCGCCCAUUUGGAACUUACGGGGAGUGUUGUCCAAUGCUUGGCAUAGAGUUAAUGUCACAGUGAAACAGGAUUCGUAGGCUGCAUAGGAGAAUGGUGAUGGUGAUGGUUAGACUUAGACUUGUCCUACAUAAAUGUCACCCGGUGGUCGAUAAUGAAAACAAUAGUUGAUUUUAUCUUUGAUUUUUUUUCCUAAUUCUUUUACAUUUCUUGGUAAUACUUGUCAUCUCUUUAUGUCUGCUCGACAUUCGGCAGUGUAGGCACUAAUAUCUACUUACGUAACAAUUUACAGGGGAAAAGAAGGUAAAUGCACAGAUUCUUUUCCUAUGUAAAAUGUAAAUAGAGAGCGUAGAAAAGUUGCCAGAGCUGAACCUAGUUUCAGCAUCUUACGAGCAGGCCCCUUACUGAAGAGCGCAUCGACGCGAGCGUUACGGUGCUGAGUUAUCCCAACAUGAUUUUAGCCUUUUUUGUACCGAGAAGUUCAGCAUCAUCGUUGUAACCAAUAACCCGGUAAUGAAAACCUGUGAAGCCCAGUAAUAUUACGUUCUCUCAAUCCAAGUGUGAGAAGUUACGGAAUUUGAAUAUGGGACAUAGGAAGUCAUGUAAAUUUUUCUUUUUUUUUGAGCAUCAAAAUAGACUUUUGGUUGAUUAAGAUCAAUUACAUUAUUUUUGUUAGUAUGUUUCGCAGAACAAAGCAUUGUCUUCUGCUUAUGUCUUACUCAAGACAGAGGUUAUAAUGUUUAAACAACUUGCACUAAAUAUAACUUGUGUCCCUUCCACUUUUCGCACUUCCUUAGAACCUGACAUGAGUGAAACACACUUCUUAUUGAUUUGCUCUAAGGAACAGUUUUCAAGUGUUCAGUCUGCCACAUAUGAAGGCUUGUAACAAAGGGAAACUCUCAGCAAUUGAACACAGUAGCCAUGACCAAUUGUACUUUACUUAGGGAGUUUAUUCCUCAUAGCAACCAAUUUUUUCUGAUUUUUUUUCGUUACCUAGUAAUGACAGAGGUUAUGGCUGACGUAAGCUGGGGCAUCAUGAGAGUCUCGAGGUCACGGAAAAUGUUAGCGAUCGCAAUUUAUGCCCAGUUUGGUGUAUGUUUCAGGAGCCAUAGCAAAAGCGUGAGAUUAUGACGUAAAAAAAUAGUUCUUUUCAAGUGACGAAGUCAUGAGAGGUUUCCAGGUCACGAAAAAUGUUGAUAGUAGUAGUAGUAGUAGUCUUUAUUUCCACAAGAUAAAAAAUACAUAUCUUAUGUUACAAUAUUUGAGUA